CCCAGGCGGAGAGAGAGCGAGAGCGCUUGAGCCCCUGGGCGCAGGACGGAGGGAGAGAGUGACGGACGGCGGCGGGAGGAAGGAGAAGCGGCGGCGGCGCGUGUCAUGGCGGAGCUGGCGCAGGGCCCGAACGCGGCGCCCGUGGGGGGGAUCAAGGCCGAAGGCUUCGCCGACGCGCUGCACCGCGUCCGCCAGAUUGCUGCUAAAAUUGGAGAUAUUCCCCACUUGAAUAAUUCCACACCCCUUGUGGAUCCCUCAGUCUACGGUUACGGAGUACAAAAACGGCCCCUGGAUGACGGAAGUCUUCGUUUAAGUUGGCUCCAUGGAGCACAGAUAAGAGAAACCCAGAGAAUAGGUAACCAGUUAGGGGCCCUGGUACAUCAAAGGGCAGUAAUAACUGAAGAAUUUAAAGUGCCUGACAAGAUGGUAGGAUUCAUUAUCGGCAGAGGUGGCGAGCAGAUCUCCCGGAUCCAGGCGGAGUCGGGCUGCAAAAUUCAGAUUGCUCCAGACAGUGGCGGCAUGGCCGAGAGACCCUGUGUGCUCACUGGGACACCAGAGAGCAUUGAACAAGCAAAGCGGCUAUUGGGACAAAUUGUGGACCGCUGUCGGAAUGGGCCUGGCUUCCACAAUGAUGUGGACGGCAACAGCACGAUCCAGGAGAUCCUAAUUCCGGCAUCCAAAGUGGGCCUGGUCAUUGGCAAAGGUGGAGAGACGAUAAAGCAGCUGCAGGAACGAACAGGCGUGAAAAUGAUUAUGAUCCAAGAUGGCCCUUUACCGACUGGAGCGGAUAAACCUCUUCGGAUUACUGGAGAUGCUUUUAAAGUACAGCAAGCGAGAGAGAUGGUACUGGAAAUCAUCCGAGAGAAAGAUCAGGCCGAUUUCAGAGGUGUACGCAACGACUUUACCUCCAGAAUGGGAGGAGGCAGCAUAGAGGUGUCUGUGCCCAGGUUUGCUGUGGGGAUCGUAAUAGGAAGAAAUGGAGAAAUGAUCAAAAAAAUCCAGAAUGAUGCAGGCGUUAGAAUUCAAUUUAAACCAGAUGAUGGGAUUAGCCCAGAAAGAGUUGCGCAGGUCAUGGGUCUUCCGGAUCGGUGUCAGCACGCCGCUCACAUCAUUAACGAGCUCAUUCUCACAGCACAGGAACGUGAUGGUUUUGGAAGCCUCGCUGUGGCCCGGGGGAGAGGUCGUGGCCGUGGAGACUGGAGUGUCGGGACUCCUGGAGGCGUGCAGGAAAUCACCUACACGGUGCCGGCGGAUAAAUGCGGCCUUGUCAUUGGCAAAGGCGGCGAGAACAUCAAGAGCAUAAACCAACAGUCCGGAGCCCACGUGGAGCUUCAGAGGAACCCGCCUCCCAACACGGACCCCAAUGUGCGGAUAUUCACCAUUCGAGGAGUCCCCCAGCAGAUCGAGCUUGCCAGACAUCUCAUAGAUGAGAAAGUUGGCGGUACUAGCCUGGGGGGCCCUGGAGGCUUUGGGCAGAACCCCUUCAGCCAGCCACCUGCCACUCAUCAAAAUGGUCCUCAGGCGUUCAUGACGCAGAGUUGGGGCGGCACUUACCAGCCGUGGCAGCAGCCCGGACAGCAGGUUCCAAAUCACAAUGGCACCCAGUCAGGCCAGGUGGAGUUUACCAAAGCAUGGGAGGAUUAUUAUAAGAAACUAGGUCAACAGACCCAGCAGCAGAACAGCCAGCCAGAUUACAGCAAGGCAUGGGAGGAUUAUUACAAGAAACAGAGUCACGCUGCUACUGCCGCUUCUCAAGCAAGCUCCCAGCCAGACUACACGAUGGCCUGGGCAGAGUAUUACAGACAGCAAGCGGCUUAUUACGGGCAGACACUAGGGCAGGCUCAGGCCCACGGCCAGGAGCAGUAGGACAAAGUCUGCGUGACCUUUUUUCUUUCCCCCCCCCCCCCCCUUUCUCUUGGAAUCAAUGUGGAAGUAAACCUUUUUGUAACAGAGGUUUCUAGAUUUGCAACAUUUUGAUGAAGACUUUUUGUUUUUGUUUUUUUGUGAAACACUAGUUGUUAGGAUAAUCUAUACUGAACUUUUCUAAGAAUCAGGAACAAUUAGUAAUGUACUAAACUUCAUGGACAUGCUGGGUAGUUUGGGGGGGGGGGCUAAUUUUAUUCUCUCCCCCCACCCUUUGGCUUUUUUUGUUUCCAAAUUUGUAAGGAAAAAGAAAAGAAAAAAUAAAAGCAAGUCUCCGGGAUUCUUUUUGGAGGGAAGCCCAGAGUGCAGCCGGCACCAAAACGUACCCCAGGGCUGUGACAUUUCAACAUUGUGGAUUUCUGUGUGUGUGUCCCCCCACCCCCCCCCCUUGUGUUUUUAAUUUUAAAUCUUUUCUGUUGUAACAGAAAGAGGCUUGGAAGUC